AGCUGUCCUGCUGCCCACCGCCAUGAAGGACGAGGUGGCCUUGCUUGCGACUGUCACUGUCUUGGGAGUCCUGCUGCAAGCCUACUUCUCCCUGCAGGUGAUCAAGGCGCGCAGGGCCCACCGUGUAACGCCUCCGCUUACGACCGGCCCGCCCGAGUUCGAACGCGUCUACCGAGCCCAGGUGAACUGCAGCGAGUACUUCCCGCUGUUCCUCGCCACGCUGUGGGUGGCCGGCAUCUACUUCCACGAAGGCGCUGCAGCCCUCUGCGGCCUGGUCUACCUGUUCACGCGCCUUCGCUACUUCCAGGGCUACGCGCGCUCAGCGCAGCUCAGGUUGGCCCCGCUGUACGCGAGCGCGCGCACGCUCUGGCUGCUGCUGGCGCUGGCGGUGCUCGGCCUGCUCGCCCACUUCCUCCCGGCUGCGGCGCGCGGCGCGCUCCUCAGACCACUACGGGCGCUGCUGCGGACGGCCUGAACCACGGACGGCGGAUGGCCGGGCAGAUACGCGAGGAGCACAGGAGGGGUUCCCGCCACCGCACUCGGUCGCUAA